AUGGGGGUUUACCUUAUCUUCUUCCACCCAGGUGGGGCCCAGGCCUGGGUUGCCAUGGAUACCGUGUCCCUGGAGCAUCAGAUCCAGAGUGUACAACGCCACAUCAGCUUCCUGAAAAAGGAGCAGAUGGCUCUGCUGCGAGACCUGCACCUGGAAAUCCUGAGGCUGCAGAAACGCUGUUCAGAACUGACUCGUGAUCUGGAGAUGAGAGAGGCCCAGUAUCAUCAGCAAGAGGCGGCGUCCCGGGAGCUGGAGAGCAAGUGCCGCGCGCUAGAGUCGCAGCUGGCCGCCCGGACCGCCGCCAACGCCGAGCUGCGGCGGGAGGUGGCACAGCGGGAGGCGCUGGUGUCCGCGCUGCGUUGCAGCCUGCGCGCCGAAGAGCGCCGCUUCCUGGACGAGCUGCGGCGGCGCAGCCACCGUGCUACGGUGCUGGGCACCGAGCUGCAGAAGCACACCGAGGCGGCCGCCUACCUCUCCUGCCAGCUGCACGCGGCGCGCCAGAGACUGCAGACCCCGCGCCCGGGCCCCGGCGCCGCCACCGCCGCCGCCACGGAGCCCCGGCCCCGCCGGCGAGCACACCGGGCUCGCCGCCCGCCCGCCGCCGAGGCCGCAGCCAAGGGCCCGGGCCGGGACUGGGCCGCCUGGGAUCGCGCGACCCGCGCCCUGGACGACAUCGACCCCAUGCCCGACCCCGCGCUCUUCCUCUACCCCCGGAGGCCCCCGCGGCCCAGCGGCCGCAGCCCGCGCCACCCGCCUCCCCAGGAGCCCCCGGACCAAGCCGGCCCGCCAGCCGCGCCCAGCCCGCCUAGCGCUCCCCGGGAGCCGGAGUAG